AUGGAAAAGCCAUUCAUCCCAUAUCGUAUCAACCUUUCAUUUCGCGGCUUCGCCGAGGGUCUCACCUAUCUCAGCAGUGACAGCCAGCCACUAUGCCACUACUUUGGCGGGGUCCCGUAUGCCCUUCCGCCCGUCGGACCCCUUCGUUUUCAGAAACCGCAGCCACUGCCACCAUGCCAUCGCUACGGAAGUAAAGCUCAUCCAGGACGCUAUACGCGCGGCUGCGGAUUCUGUCCGCAGCCAGGGUCCAGUGCCGAGACACUGGAUCAAGGCUCGUGGGACGAAGAUUGUUUACAGUCAAACAUUUGGGUUCCCGCUGGGGAUGCACCAGCCCAAGGCUGGCCAGUGCUAUUCUGGAUCCAUGGCGGGUUCCUGCAAUGGGGUAGCCCAAACGGCAGCGACCUCCGAGCGCUAUUGAGCGAGUCCCCAACUAAAUGCGUCGUCGUCGCUCCCGCAUAUCGGCUAAACGUGUUUGGUUUCCUCGCCAGCAGGCAACUCGUCGAUUCGUGUCGAGAUUUCGACGUCAAUCUCGGCUUUUGGGACCAGCGCGCAGCACUUGAGUGGACGCACCAAAACAUUAGCUACUUUGGUGGCGAUGCGAGUAACAUUUCUCUCGGUGGAUACUCUGCCGGUUCACACUCGGUUUUUCACCAGCUAUCGUACGAUCUCGGGCUGCCCGAUCGCAAGGCCAUUGUCAAGAGGGCACUGAUGUUAUCGAAUGGGCCAGGCUUACAGCCCAAGAGUUUUGACGAGGCCCAAGACCAGCUCGAUCAACUAUUACAAGCUUUGCAUAUCGAUUCGAGCUUGUUGCCAGCUGAAAAACUCGCCAAGCUACGGGCCUGCUCCCCGCGAGAGAUCGUUGAGGCCAGUAACAAAAUUCAGCUCCAUCAGUUCCGAGCUGUCACGGAUGGGUCGUUUGUACGCCAUUCUUUACUUGAGGAACUAUCAAAUGGUGUGUAUGCCGAGCGUAUGAAGCGCCGUAACCUACACCUCAUUAUUGGCGAGUGCAGCGACGAACAUCACGUCUAUGGGCUGUGGCGACCUCCGCAGCCAGGCUACCAAAACAUGCUCUCUCGGCUUCAAGCCGACUAUCCCCGCAAAGCAUGUCAGGUUCUCAUGACACAUUACUUUCCAGAUGGUAAUUUGCCAAGCAAGUACGAGAGCUGGCAAGCAGUCUUUGGGCACAUUUACGCCGACGUCCAGAUUCACACUCUCGAGCGAGGCAUGCUCAACGCGCUUGUUCAGCAUGGCGCUGGUCAUCUAAUCCACAGGUACCGCAUAGAGUGGCGCGCAAAGUGUGUAGACAAGGACUUGCCAACUCACUUUGGUGCAUCACAUGGCUCCGACAUGGCCAUUUGGUUCUGGGGCGCAUUGUCAGACGACGAAAAGAAGGUUGCACAAGAAGCCUUUCAUGAACCACUAAGCAGGUUUUUGAGAGGAGACGAGCUUGGCUGGGGCACGCAGCAUGCGCUACAGCUGAGAACUUUAAAGAGUAACGGACGUGUAGUCAUCGAAGAGGAUACACGCCUGGAUGAUGCUUUGGUCCUCUGGGACGCACUGAAGAAAGUUGGUGCGACAGGCGACCCCAAGGAAUCCGCAAAAUUGUGA